CUCGCAUCUAAACGUUGCCGUGACGGGAGCUCUACCGUUCCUAAGCUAUCUUUGGUGCAGCAACGCAGCACGGUGCGAAAGGGCGCACAAGUGUAGUCAACCAGCGACCCUGCAGAAAUGUCGGAAAGUGGGAGUCAAGAGCCCGCCGUGGCCCCAAACGGCAGCGGCAGUCCGACAAAAAGGACACCCAGACCGACCGUCGGCAACAAAGUGACCGUGGUGCUGGGCGCUCAAUGGGGCGACGAGGGGAAAGGAAAAGUUGUGGAUCUCCUAGCACAAGACGCGGAUAUGGUGUGCCGAUGUCAGGGCGGCAACAACGCGGGACACACAGUGGUGGUCGACUCGGUGGAAUACGACUUUCACCUCCUCCCCAGUGGCAUCAUCAACCCCAAGGUCACCGCUUUCAUCGGCAAUGGUGUAGUGAUCCAUCUUCCAGGCCUGUUUGAAGAGGCAGAGAAGAAUGAACGUAAAGGAAAAGGUCUAAAAGACUGGGAGAAAAGAUUGAUCAUCUCAGACAGAGCACACAUUGUGUUUGACUUCCACCAAGCAGUUGAUGGCGUUCAGGAACAGCAGAGACAAGAGCAAGCAGGCAAGAACCUUGGGACAACAAAGAAGGGGAUUGGUCCAGUGUACUCGGCCAAGGCAGCACGUAGCGGCCUCAGGAUAUGUGACCUACUGGCUGACUUCACUCAGUUCUCUGAAAGGUAUAAAGUGUUGGCCCAGCAGUACAAGGCUAUGUACCCAACUCUGGAGAUUGACAUAGAGGGGGAGCUGGUCAAAUUAAAGGACUACGUGGAGCGAAUCAAGCCCAUGGUGAGAGACGGGGUGCACUACAUGUACGAGGCUCUUCACGGUCCUCCUAAGAAGAUCCUGGUGGAAGGAGCCAACGCAGCACUGCUGGACAUAGACUUCGGGACGUACCCGUUUGUGACAUCGUCCAACUGCACGGUGGGCGGAGUGUGUACGGGCCUGGGUAUGCCGCCUCAGAACGUCGGGGAGGUUUACGGGGUCGUCAAGGCGUACACCACCAGAGUUGGCAUCGGAGCCUUCCCCUCAGAGCAGAACAACGAGGUCGGAGAGCUACUUCAAACUCGGGGGAAGGAGGUGGGCGUGACCACGGGCAGGAAGAGGCGAUGUGGCUGGCUGGAUCUGGUGCUCAUCAAAUAUGCACACAUGAUUAAUGGCUUCACCGCUUUAGCUCUCACCAAACUGGACAUACUUGACGUGUUUGCAGAGAUCAAAGUUGGCGUAGCGUACAAAGUCGACAACCAAACCAUACCUCACUUUCCAGCCAAUCAGGAGGUGUUGCAGCGUGUGGAGGUCGAAUAUGAAACUCUCCCGGGCUGGAACAGCGACACCUCAGCCGCAAGAAGCUUUCAGGAGCUGCCGGAGAACGCCCAGAAAUAUGUCCGCUUCAUCGAGGAGCAUGUGGGAGUGCCUGUCAAGUGGAUUGGAGUGGGCAAGUCUCGGGAGUCCAUGAUCCAGCUGUUCUAAACAAAGGGAGGAGAACCCUCAGGAAAGAGGACGCACCGCAGCGAAUCAACUGUACCCUUCUUCCCCUCCCCCCCGCACACACACACACACACACACACACACCGCCUACCUACCUAUCUAAAUUCUCUGAGAGAGACGUGACCAUCAUGUCUGUUCUUAAUGCUUUAUCAGUGUAUCAUCAGACUGGACCUCUGCGGAUCAGACGCCAAUCAGACUAACCCGCCUCUGUAUGAAUGGUUCCCAGCGUCUCUAUCUGGAUUUUUAACAGUUUUACACUUUAGGAUAAGAGUCCCACACUCAAGUCCCUCUUUGGUUUGUCAUUGUUCAUAUCAUAGCCAUUCACUUCAGACACGCAACACACUCGGCAACACCAGCUGCCAUCAGGUCUGAUGCAAAGACGUGAUGGAACAGACUCAACACACUCACACACACACACACACACUGACGCAGACACACACGCACUGACGCAGACACACACACACACAGGAUCACUGCCCAGAGGAACUGUUCACGGACGUUUGGUUGGUCAACUUUUAAGUGUAUUUUUGUUAAUCUAUGCUCUGUUUUAAAUGCGCUGUGCCAGUCUGGUGUCAAAUCAGUUUGAAAGUUUUAACCUCAGCACUUUAGAUGCUUUGGACUUUAUCUGCUUCAUGUUUUAUUCUGCCAGGUUUACAGCACAUCCUGACACGAUAAAGGGAUCCUUUAAUAUUUGUUAAGUGUCUUUUUGUGUUUGUUUAUUUGUCGCUUGAUAGAUGUUUUAAGUAAAGACCUUCUUUAUUGCCUUGUCAUUCAACCAAAAAAAAUAAUAAUAAUUGGCUUUUAACUUUCCCGUAGCUUAUGACUGCUUCCACUCAAUGCUGUUAAUGAAAUGUUGAUGCCCAUCUUCUCAUAUUGAGAGAAGGCUUAUGGGUUUCUCUUUUCCCUGUUCAUUUUCUUUUUUUAGCAGGUGAGUUUUCCACGUACCAGUUCAAAGAAUCUGGUAUGAAGAACAAAAAUCAAUUCGUUAGAUCAGCGUCUUUCUACUCACAUUAUUCUGAUAGUUUAUUGCGUUAUUCCCACUGAUUUGUUUGCACUUUCUGCACAAUGUUCUUUUAAAAGGUAGAGGAAGGCAAUAUGGAUUGAUAAACUGUAUACAACA